GCUUUUUAAAUAUAUAAAAAAUUAUAUUUACUCAUAUAAAUAACUAAUAAAAAAUUUCCUUUUACAUUCUCUGAAUUUUUUGUUAAUUUAAAUGUAUUUUUAUUUUUCUAUUCUUUUAUUUAUAUUAUUUUUGUUAAUGAGUUGCCACCAAAUUUCUAAGGCGAGUUCGUGGUAUACAUAGCCAUGUGUUUUCUUGCGGAACGAUAUUAAAACGUUCAUUCAUAUAUAUACAUGCAUUAUUUCAUUUAUAUAUUAAUAUAACUACAUAUUUGUAAUACAAAAAUAUAUAUAACAUAAAAUUAGAAAUAGUGCAAUUGAAAGAUAUCGGCAUAUUACCUAAAAAUACAAAUAAUUUUAAAAUAAUAUAUAAAAUUAGUUGUUUCGUUACAACGGUGUUUCCUUUUAAAAUGUAUUUAUUUUAAAUACAUGCCAGUGCCAAUUUUCAAUAUCUACUCAUUUGAACGCGCCCGGUGAAGGAUAAGCAACAAUUACGAUGAACAUACCACAUCGCUGUGACGGUGCACAUUUGCAGCUGUCAAAGUUCUGGUGUGACAUUUGUAAAUUUUGCUGUGUUGUGUUCGUACAUUUUUCUUGCAAAAUAUAGCCGGAAUAUUUAACUCAUUCAACAACACGUAUUUCUAUAUAUUUCAUUUAUAAGCAUGGAUCGUUUAUUACGUUUGGGUGGUGCAAUGCCGCAAGCUCCACCACCAACAGAUGCGCCUGUUGUGGAUACCGCCGAACAAGUAUAUAUAUCCUCGUUGGCGUUAUUAAAAAUGCUAAAACAUGGUCGUGCUGGCGUACCCAUGGAAGUGAUGGGUUUGAUGUUGGGCGAAUUUGUCGAUGACUACACAGUACAAGUAAUCGAUGUUUUUGCUAUGCCACAAACAGGUACUGGCGUCUCAGUUGAAGCUGUUGAUCCAGUGUUUCAAGCGAAAAUGUUGGAUAUGUUAAAACAGACUGGUCGCCCAGAAAUGGUGGUUGGCUGGUACCAUUCACAUCCUGGUUUUGGCUGUUGGUUAUCCGGUGUUGAUAUUAACACACAACAGUCUUUUGAAGCUUUAUCAGAGCGCGCUGUUGCCGUUGUCGUCGAUCCCAUACAAUCGGUGAAGGGUAAAGUAGUUAUUGAUGCCUUCCGUCUCAUCAACCCGAAUAUGCUUGUGCUCGGCCAAGAGCCGCGUCAGACAACUUCAAAUUUGGGACAUCUACAAAAACCUUCGGUUCAGGCAUUAAUUCAUGGUCUGAAUCGGCAUUACUACUCAAUUAGUAUUAAUUAUCGUAAAAAUGAGUUGGAACAAAAGAUGCUGUUGAAUUUGCACAAGAAAUCUUGGAAGGAUGGACUCACAUUGGCUGAUUACAAUGAACAUUGUUCCAUCAAUGAAAGUACCGUGCAGGAAAUGCUCGAAUUAGCCAAAAACUAUAAUAAGUCGCUCGAAGACGAAGAAAAAAUGACACCAGAGCAAUUGGCAAUCAAAAAUGUUGGUAAACAAGAUCCUAAACGGCAUUUAGAAGAGAAAGUCGACAAAGUUAUGCAAAACAAUAUUGUGCAAUGCCUUGGCGCAAUGCUUGAUUCAAUUGUAUUUAAGUGAGCUAAUAUUUUCAUGUUGCAUUUGAUUUGAAUUUUCAAAACCGCAUAUACAAAACACUCAAACUGAGCAACACACUUCAGUUUACCACGCACUAAUGUAUUUUUAAAAAUAACAUCGUAAAUGAAAUAAAAUAUAGAAAUAAAAAUACUUUUGUACUUUA